AUGGCUUCCUCUCAGACAGUCGUGAAUGACAAGAGUUUACCGAGUGUUCAAGAGCUUGCCAAAGAGCCCAUGUUUGCCAUCCCACAGCGCUAUGUUCAGGUACAUCAAGAACCAACUGUUCACUCAGAUGCCUUUUCCUUGCCCAUUGUUGACAUGAAAAACUUGAGUAUAGGAGGGGCCAAGGAUUUAGAACUUGAAAAUUUGCACUCAAUCUGCAAAACCUUGGGCAUCUUUCAGGUGGUGAACCAUGGAGUUAGAUCUUUGCGGGUUGAAAAGCUAAAACAUGAGAUUGAAGAAUUUUACAAGCUUCCUGUGAAAGAGAAAUACAAGGUGAAGCCUGGUGAUGUUGAAGGGUAUGGCCAUACCAUGAUCCGGUCUGAAGAUGAAAAGGCUCACUGGGGAGAUAGGCUUUACAUGAUAACCAACCCAAUACAUAGAAGGAAACCACACUUAUUGCCUGAGCUCCCUGUAUCACUAAGGGAUACUCUGGAGUUUUAUUUCUCAGAGCUGCAAAAAAAUGCAAUGACUCUCUUUGGGUUAAUGGUAGAUGCACUAAAGAUUGAUAAUGGAGAGAUAAAAGAGAUGUUUAUGGAUGGGAUGCAAUCGGUGAGGAUGAAUUACUAUCCUCCUUGCCCACAACCAGAGCAAGUCAUGGGCUUCACUCCUCACUCAGAUGUUACUGGAAUUACCAUCCUUCUAGAAAUAAAUGGAGUGGCAGGCUUCCAAGUUAAAAAGGAUGGAAAAAAAAUAUCUUCUAGAAAUACUUUUUUCUAG